ACACUACAUAUUCUCUAUUAGGUUUUCCUUUUAAUUAUUCUUACUUUUUACUAUGAACUAAAUGGUAAAUAACAAUUAUUUUGAUUAAUACAGAACUAUGAACUCAUCAUCAGAGAAUAUUAUUAUCAACUCAUGUCAAUAUAUGCCUGUUUACCUGAUACAAAAUCCCAACUUUAAUCAGGUUAAAUCAUUUAUCUUACCGCAAAACAAUGAAAGCGCACAAAAUACCGCUACUAACAACUUGAAAAGUUUUUAUGAAAAUAGCGGCAAAAUAGCAAAUAACCUCGAUGAAAAUGUGGAGCAUAAGCCGAAGAUACUGAGAAAAGUUGACAGCAGCAUAUUCGGAAACAAUUUAAAACUAGCUAGUUUCCUUGUACCUAAGAAUGAUAAAAGUAAACAAUAUAAUAAACCAGUAAAUAAUGUCGUAUUGAAACCUGCUGUAGCUACUCAUAAGACAACAAAAAAUAUUGUUACUACCGUUACCAAAUUGGACCCAAAUAGAAAGAUUGUAAAGUUAAAAAAUAUCCCAAACAGUACUACGACCACAUUACAAACAAAGAAGUUGCCAAAGAUUAAACCAAAAGAAAACGGUCAAAACUUAAACAAACAUACUUCAGUACAAUUAAUAAAACUUGGAGAUUCAUACCACAGUCUCAACGAGUUAAAUGACGAUCAGAAGAAAAUAGUGAACCAUGCUUUGAAGAUAUUCAGCAAGCCUGAGAACACACCAAAGGAACCUGCUUAUGAUCCAGUGACUAAUACACGAUAUAUAUACAAAGUGUUAUCACCAAAAGACUUGACUCUAGUUGGUAAGAAAAACUUAUUAUUUACACAAAAGAAAACAGACACAAAAAAAGAAAUAAUUAAAAAGGAAAUUGAAGAAGAUGUAUUGAAAAAGAAGAUUGAAAAGAAGGAAUUAAAACCUAUUUUUAGUCAGGAAGUUUGUGAUGAACCAACUGUUGUUCAACCAGUCAUUUUAGAGACAAAAGUGACAAGAAGUGGUAGAAAGGUAAAACUUCCAAAGCACCAUUCACCCGAGGAAGAGACUCCGCACAAGCCAAGGAAAAAGAACGGAACCAUUGUUUCUUGUUUCCAAUGCUCCUCAGAAUUCAGUAGCUUGUAUCGUCUUCAGAGGCACUAUGAGAACCAUCCGACACAUAUACCAGCAAAAGUCCACUCUAAUCUGUUCCACUGUCUAUUGGCUAUCAUCAAAAGUGGUUCAGAAGAAGACCGAGCUAACAUCUUCAUACAACAGCUGGAGCAGUUGAUUGCAAAGUUCAAAUCACUUCUGCCGUGUUUGUUGAAGAAAGUAGAUGGAAAUGAAGGCAAAUUGUGCAAUAUUAAUGAUGAUAUUGGCAGACUAUUUGGUAUGAACCCUGGAAAAUACAAUCUAAAUAUGGAUGCAUUGAGUUGUGUAAAAGACAAAGAGGGACAUUGUAGACAUAAUCCCGCAAAGACCAAUCAGUUCAACUCGGAAUUAGGCAAUCCAUCACAGAUUUGGACAAAUAAAAAUGAAGAACAAUGUAAUAAUGAGAGCAAAGUCGAUGAUUGUGCACGAAUAAACUCAGUUGUGAAAUGGCCUACGGUAUCUAAAAGAAAUUGGAAACAAAAAUCGCAAAAUACAAAUGCAAAGAAAAUAAAAAUAGAAUCGGAAUGUGAAUCUGCUAUUGAAAUAAAAAUGGAUGAUCUUAUAACAUUUACAGAAAACGUCACAGAAUUACAACCAACUAAUAUACCUUGUAUACCAAAUAAUUUAAAUAAUGAACCUAUAGUUAAUAAAAAUCUUAAAAAUGUAAACGAACCAGGAAAAAAAUCCUCUCAUGUUCAAUUUCACAGCGCACAUUUCGACAUUCGAUCAUCACCUAUAAAACAAUCAUCGACUGUUUUCUGCAAAUUCCAAAUUGAUCCGGAAAAAAUUCCAAAGUAUGAAGUGCAAGUGAUAAAACCGCUCGGAAUAGAAAGUAAAUUAAAUGAAAUACAAUCAAGUGAAACUCUAAAUACAAAUAUAAGUACAAUAUUUAAUGAUUGUAUAGAUAUACCAACAAAAACAGUUAGUGAUAAUAAUUUAGAUUUUGUGAACAAAGACUGGACUAUAGAUGUUACGAAUGAACAAAGUGAAAAUGAGAUGAAAUCAAAUACAUUAAUUGAACCAGCUUUAUUGCAUAUGAUAGAUGAUAAUUUAAGUAAAAAUUGUAUAAAUGAGGAAAAUGAAAAUGAUUGGGAAAAUAACCAUGAGAAUCAAAACCAGUCAGUAUUAAAUUUUUUAGAAUCUUUAGACAACGACUGUCUAUCGUAUCCUACGACUGAAAUAAGGAACAAUGCGGCUGAUUUCCAACUGGACCUUUAUUAA